UCUUGAUAUCUCUGUGUUGCUGAAUACUCUGCUUCGUUGGAUGUGCUGAAAUAUCCAUCCCAUUUGGAACUGUCAGAUUGCAGGCCUCAACACCCAUGGUUCUCCGUCGCUCCGAUGCAGAAGGCAACAUAAGCUGACUGCUGGACUCGAUAGUUGCUUUGGUGACUGAAACUAACCACAGCAUCGCGUGUCAAAAUGGCUGCGCAGUCGACUUUGCGGCAGCCGGAGGAUCCGUUGCUCCUCCUCUUUAACCACUAUGCGAAUCUACUAAAGUCACGGAUCCAGAGAAGCUCCCGACGGUCUCGACUGCUUGCAACUACUGCAUUGCUUCUUGCGAUUGUUGGAAGUGGGUAUGGAGGAUAUAACUGGUGGCGAGAAGGGUCGAAAGAGAGAGCCCAGGGCCGAAGGUUAUUGCGGAAGAACUCUGGAAUCUUGAGGAAAGAUGGAGCGAGGAUCAUUUACGUGCCGUCCAAGUCGUCCCUUUCGUCAUCCGAGAGCUCCAGGGUUACGAUACAUCCUACCAAGUCGACGACGUUUGAUGCCCACCGAAGAUUAUUUCUAAGCCCGCAUCGAACCUCCGGGACAUCGCUGAUCCCUCCGCCGUCGACGAAACCAGGCUUAAAUUUAGCCUUUCUUCACCAGCUGUUCAGCCUCCUUAGCAUUAUGAUCCCGAGAUGGAAUAGCAAGGAGACAGGGCUUCUUGUUAGUCACGGCGUUUUCUUAAUGCUUCGAACAUAUCUUUCCCUGAUCGUUGCACGACUCGAUGGAGAAAUUGUCAGAGAUUUGGUUGCAGGGAAAGGCAGGGCAUUCAUAUGGGGAAUUAUCAAGUGGUGCGGAAUUGGAACUUUCGCUUCGUACACCAACGCGAUGAUAAAGUUCCUCCAGUCAAAGGUUUCUAUUGCGUUCCGUACACGCCUAACUCGGUAUAUCCAUGAUCUCUACCUCAACGACAACCUAAACUAUUAUAAGUUGUCGAAUCUAGACGGAGGAGUGGGGCAAGGAGCGGAUCAGUUCAUCACUCAGGAUCUUACGCUCUUCUGCACCGCUGUGUCCUCGUUAUAUUCGUCCCUUGGGAAGCCAUUUGUCGACCUCGUUGUUUUUACCUAUCAGCUCUACCGCUCUUUGGGACCAAUCGCCUUCGCUGUCAUUAUCAGCGGCUAUUCUGGUACCGCCAGCCUUCUUCGUCGCCUUUCACCCCCAUUCGGAAAGUUAAAGGCGGUGGAAGGUAAAAAGGAAGGAGAUUUUCGCAGCUUACAUUCAAGAAUUUUGGCGAACGCAGAAGAAAUUGCAUUCUAUGGUGGCGCGGAUAUCGAAAGAGUGUUCUUGUCGAAAAGCUUCAGGGAGCUACAGAAAUGGAUGGAAGGCAUCUAUGGGCUCAAAAUCCGUUACAAUAUGUUUGAAGAUAUCAUUUUGAAGUAUUCUUGGUCAGCCUUGGGAUACCUCAUUACAUCUCUGCCGAUUUUCCUUCCGGCUUGGGGCGGACUGGGUGGAAUGUUGGAGAUGGCGAGUACAGACACGAGUUCUAACCGAGAACGAGGCCGGAUGAAAGACUUCAUUACCAAUAAGAGGUUAAUGUUGUCUCUCGCUGACGCUGGUGGACGAAUGAUGUACAGUAUCAAGGACCUUGCGGAAUUGGCAGGGUACACGUCACGAGUUUAUACCCUGAUUUCUACUUUGCAUCGCGUUCAUGCCAACGCGUACUAUCGAGGCCGUGAUAUCCAACCGGAGUUAUACUCACUAUCCGAUGUUCAGGGGACGAUCCACAGUGGCUUUGACGGAGUUCGUCUUGAGCAUGUACCGAUUGUCGCACCUGGGCUAUUCCCUCAAGGAGGUGACGAGCUCAUUGAAUCACUUUCAUUCAUAGUCCAUUCCGGCGAGCAUUUGUUGGUCUCCGGACCGAACGGUGUUGGCAAGUCUGCAAUUGCACGAAUUGUUGCUGGUCUAUGGCCCGUAUAUCGCGGCCUGGUGAGCCGUCCCCGAAUCUUUGGCACUGAUGGAAUUAUGUUCCUCCCGCAGCGGCCUUACCUUAGCGUUGGCACACUAAGAGACCAAGUUAUUUACCCACAUCGUGAGAUGGACAUGAGAGAAAACAGGCGCACAGAUGCCGAGCUUUUGCAGAUUCUUGAGGCCGUGCAUUUGGGAUACCUUCCUGAACGUGAAGGAGGCUGGGACUGCCGGAAAGAAUGGAAGGACGUCCUUAGUGGCGGUGAGAAGCAGCGGAUGGCCUUUGCGCGACUCUUGUACCACGAGCCGCGUUAUGCUUUUAUCGAUGAAGGCACGUCCGCGGUAUCAUCAGACGUCGAGGGACUCCUUUAUGAACGGUCCAAGGAGCGAGGUAUCACGUUGAUCACGAUCUCCACCCGCGCAUCUCUGAAACGGUAUCACACUUUCAAUCUUACUCUUGGAUUGGGCGUCGAUGGAAAUGGCUGGGAAAUUGAUCGUAUCGGGACUGAGAAGGAGAAAAUGGGCGUGGAGAAGGAGCUACAGGAGCUCAGAAAGCGGUUGAAUAAUGUGGAGGAUUUAAAAAGACGGCGCGAGGAGAUCGGGAACGAACUGCAAAAAGUCUGGCUUGAUGAUGGUAACCAGCUGGCUCCUCCAUUGUAUGAGGAGGCGAUUGCGGUGGAGAGUCCAGAUAACAUCACAGUUGACUAAUUUCUGACAGAGAGUAAUUUUUUCUAGGAAGUGGUGGAGUAUUGCAUGAGCCGCGCACGAUUACGAUUGCAGGGUUGGGUUGAAGCAUACUUUUGAGGCGUCGAAUAUAUUUAUUGUUGCCAUGUCCCUGAUACCUACAUUGUAUGUAAAUAGUGUUUAUUUCAACAAA